UGGGGUGCCAGGAAUCCACUCUGGCGUGAGGACUCCGGACCCUCUGUCUUGUGUGGCCUCGGACCAGUGGCUUGACCCCUCAGAGCCUGUGGAGCACGGAGCGUGCAGGGCUUGAAGGCGACCAUGGGGGCACCGUGCAGGGUUAGGACACUGAGCCCAGCCCCAGCCAUGAGAGGCCAGAAGCUUCGGCGCACAGGCCUGGAGGAGGAGAACUCCACCUCCCCCUCACGACAGCCCCUUCCUCGCCCCGACCCCACCCAGUGGCCUCUCCCUAGAGCUGGGGGCUUGUGGGGGGCCGAUGAAAAGAGCAGGGCACGUGUCGAGUCUCACCUCACCCCCUCUGUCGGGCACCAGGGCCCCCCAGGAGCUCCCAGCUGCCCCUCACAGCCCCGCCUUAGCCUCAGUCACUAAGGCCCUGUCCAGCCCCACCCUGAGAAGCCGACUUGUCUCUGGGGCAGGCAGGGGUGUCCCCAGGACACAGUGAGGAGAGCCUUUUCCUUCAGAACCUGCUGUCAGGCAGGGAGGGAGGUGCUUCCUGGGGAACACCCGGGUUCUGAGCCUCAAGGGGUGGCCUUAGGAACUCUGCCUGAGGGAGAUCUUAGGGGAGGAGCCAAGCCAGGGCAGCCUGGGCUAGGGAGGCAGGUUCCAGACACCCCGACACCAAGGGCCGAGCCCCCGCCCCCAGCCCCCAGCUUCUCUCCCACACCCUAGCCCUGCCCCUGCCCUGCCCCUACCCCCACGGCACCCAUGAGCCGCUCUCCAGUCCCUUCUGCCCUGUGCCUUGGUGCCUGUGACCUGAGCCCCCUGGUUGACUCCUGCACUCAGUCCAACUUGGGCCAAACGACCGCCCCUCCUUCUGGCAGUGGGCUGGACCAGCCGGCCAGCGGGAGCCCCCUUGGCAGAAGCCGGUCGUAAAGGAUCAUAAACUGGGCGGCGUCUGGCUGGGGCGAAGGUCGCUGAGGUAGGAACUGCGCCAGUCCUAGACGCCAGACCCGCUCGGACCCUCCCGUCAGGUGACAGCCGCCAAGAUGGGGUCUUGGGCCCUGCUGUGGCCUCCCCUGCUGUUCACCGGGCUGCUCGUCCGACCCCCGGGGACCACGGCCCAGGCCCAGUACUGCUCUGUGAACAAGGACAUCUUUGAAGUAGAGGAGAACACAAAUGUCACCGAGCCGCUGGUGGACAUCCACGUCCCGGAGGGCCAGGAGGUGACCCUCGGACCCUUGUCCACCCCCUUUGCAUUUCGGAUCCAGGGAAACCAGCUGUUUCUCAACGUGACUCCUGAUUACGAGGAGAACUCACUGCUUGAGGCUCAGCUGCUGUGUCAGAGCGGAGGCACAUUGGUGACCCAGCUAAGGGUGUUCGUGUCAGUGCUGGACGUCAAUGACAAUGCCCCCGAAUUCCCCUUUAAGACCAAGGAGAUAAGGGUGGAGGAGGACACGGAAGUGAACUCCACCGUCAUCCCUGAGACGCAACUGCAGGCUGAGGACCGCGACAAGGUCGACAUUCUGUUCUACACCCUCCAGGAAAUGACAGCAGGUGCCAGUGACUACUUCUCCCUGGUGAGUGUAAACCGUCCCGCCCUGAGGCUGGACCGGCCCCUGGACUUCUACGAACGGCCGAACAUGACCUUCUGGCUGCUGGUGCGGGACACUCCGGGGGAGAAUGUGGAACCCAGCCACACUGCCACCGCCACACUAGUGCUGCACGUGGUGCCCGCCGACCUGCGGCCCCCCUGGUUCCUGCCCUGCACCUUCUCAGAUGGCUACGUCUGCAUUCAAGCUCAGUACCACGGGGCUGUCCCCACGGGGCACAUACUGCCAUCUCCCCUCGUCCUGCGUCCUGGACCCAUCUACGCUGAGGACGGAGACCGCGGCAUCAACCAGCCCAUCAUCUACAGCAUCUUUAGGGGAAAUGUGAAUGGUACAUUCAUCAUCCACCCAGACUCGGGCAACCUCACCGUGGCCAGGAGUGUCCCCAGCCCCAUGACCUUCCUUCUGCUGGUGAAGGGCCAACAGGCCGACCUUGCCCGCUACUCAGUGACCCAGGUCACCGUGGAGGCUGUGGCUGCAGCCGGGAGCCCGCCCCGCUUCCCCCAGAGCCUGUAUCGUGGCACCGUGGUGCGUGGCGCUGGAGCGGGCGUUGUGGUCAAGGAUGCAGCUGCCCCUUCUCAGCCUCUGAGGAUCCAGGCUCAGGACCCGGAGUUCUCGGUAGGGAGUACAUCCAAGGCUGAUGCCUGCCGCCCCCACUGGCAGCCUUCCUGUUGCCCAGGGUCCCUGGGCCCACCUGGCCUCCCCUCUGUGGGUGGGUCAGGGCUGUACGUGGGAGGCAGCCUGGCCGGGGACUCAAUGAGACCCUGUCCAGGACCUCAACUCGGCCAUCACAUAUCGAAUUACCAACCACUCACACUUCCGGAUGGAGGGAGAGGUUGUGCUGACCACCACCACACUGGCACAGGCGGGAGCCUUCUACGCAGAGGUGCAGGGCAGGGCAGGCGGGCAUCUCCAAGGGUGUGGGGCUUAAAGAUGUGUCCAGGAGGGACAAGCCCCUUCCUGCCCCAGGUUGAGGCCAACAACACGGUGACCUCUGGCACCGCAACCACAGUCAUUGAGAUACAAGUUUCCGAACAGGAGCCCCCCUCCACAGAUGUCCCCCCAUCCCCAGAGGCUGGAGGAACAACUGGGCCCUGGACCAGCACCACUUCUGAGGCCCCCAGACCCCCUGCGCCCUCCCAGGGACCCUCCACGACCAGCUCUGGGGGAGGCACAGGCCCUCAUCCACCCUCUGGCACAACUCUGAGGCCACCAACCUCGUCCACACCCGGGGGGCCCCCGGGUGCAGAAAACAGCACCUCCCACCAACCAGCCACUCCAGGUGGGGACACAGCACAGACCCCAAAGCCAGGAACCUCUCAGCCGAUGCCCCCCGGUGUGGGAACCAGCACCUCCCACCAACCAGCCACACCCGGUGGGGGCACAGCACAGACCCCAGAGCCAGGAACCUCUCAGCCGAUGCCCGUCAGCAAGAGCACCCCAUCUUCAGGUGGCGGCCCCUCGGAGGACAAGCGCUUCUCGGUGGUGGAUAUGGCGGCCCUGGGCGGGGUGCUGGGUGCGCUGCUGCUGCUGGCUCUCCUUGGCCUCGCCGUCCUUGUCCACAAGCACUAUGGCCCCCGGCUCAAGUGCUGCUCUGGCAAAGCUCCGGAGCCCCAGCCCCAAGGCUUUGACAACCAGGCGUUCCUCCCUGACCACAAGGCCAACUGGGCGCCCGUCCCCAGCCCCACGCACGACCCCAAGCCCGUGGAGGCACCGAUGCCCGCAGAGCCCGCGCCCCCCGGCCCCGCCUCCCCAGGCGGUGCCCCCGAGCCCCCCGCAGCGGCCCGAGCUGGCGGAAGCCCCACGGCGGUGAGGUCCAUCCUGACCAAGGAGCGGCGGCCGGAGGGCGGGUACAAGGCCGUCUGGUUUGGCGAGGACAUCGGGGCGGAGGCAGACGUGGUCGUUCUCAACGCGCCCACCCUGGACAUGGAUGGCACCAGCGACUCCGGCAGCGGCGACGAGGGCGCGGGGAGGGCUGGGGGUCCCUACGAUGCGCCCGGUGGUGAUGACUCCUACAUCUAAGCGGCCCCUCCACCCUCUCCCCCAGCCGCGCGGGCACUGGAGGUCUCGCUCCCCCAGCCUCCGACCCGAGGCAGAAUAAAGCGAGGCUCCCGAAACCCAGGCCAUGGCGUGGGGCAGGCGCGUGGGUCCACGGGGGCCCCAUUCACUCGGUCCCCCGUCGUCAUUAGCGCUUGAGCCCGGGUGUGCAGAUGAGGCGGUGGGUCUGACCACGCUGUCCCCACCCCAAGGCUGCAGCACUUCCCGUAAACCACCUGCAGUGCCCGCCGCCUUCCCGAGGCUCUGUGCCAGCUAGUCUGGGAAGUUCCUCUCACGCUCUAACCACAGCCCGAGGGGGGCUCCCCUCCCCCGACCUGCACCGGAGAUCUCAGGCACUCGGCUCAACUCAGACCUCCCGCUCCCGACCCUACACAGAGAUUGCCUGGGGAGGCUGAGGAGCCGAUGCAAACCCCCAAGGCGACGCACUUGGGAGCCGGUGGUCUCAAACACCUGCCGGGGGUCCUAGUCCCCUUCUGAAAUCUACAUGCUUGGGUUGGGGCGCAGCAGUAAACACCCCACCCAGAGACCUGGACUGAGGCGCGCUGGGGGUGGGUGCGCCGUGUGGCCUGAGCAGGAGCCGGACCAGGAGGCCUAGGGGUGAGAGACACAUUCCCCUCGCUGCUCCCAAGGCCGGAGCCCAGGCUGGGCGCCCAUGCCCAGAACCAUCAAGGGGUCCCUUGCGGCUUGUCAGCACUUUCCCUAAUGAAAAUACACCAUUAAUUCCUUUCCAAA